GCGGCCGACUCCUCCCCCUCUUCGAGCCUUCUAAUGCGCUAUGAUUUUGAGUGUCGUGUCAAUGUUAGGUGUACUUUAUAAAGCUUUCUAACCGACCUCUUUACACCUCACCGAGGAUACUAACUUCAACUUGUUUCAGCUGAUUGUGUAAUGUGAGCGUUGUUUGGGCAAUCGGCGCCCUCUAUCAUAUCAGGGCGCUCUGUUGAAGUCUCUGAAGUGUGGGUGUGCAGCUCGCAGAAGGACUGGGAACAAGUCUAGACUGAGAUGCGGAUGUAAAUCACAAUGCACGUGCGUGUGGCGCCUAUGCCGUGCCAUGGGUCGGGCGGGGUACCGGGUAUGUCAUGUUGUUGCAAGAUCAGUUUGGGUCGUGCUUGAUUUUUGUCUCCGAUUGUCGGGUUUCUCAUUUCCCUCGCGGAAUAUGACAAGUCUCUCGUGUAAAUGGAGGACCUAGUGACGCUGAAUGUAGGUGGUUGCCUCCAUACAACCACCAUCACCACGCUCACUCGCUUCCCGGACUCCAUGUUGGGCUCCAUGUUCAGCGGCCGUCUACCGACCUCUCGCGAUAGCCACGGUCACUACAUCAUCGACGGGGAUGGGCCCACCUUCCGCCACGUCCUGAACUUCCUGCGCCGCUCGGCGCUCUGUCUGCCGGCCGACUUCUCCGAGUGGGACCUGCUGGCCGCCGAGGCGGACUUCUACCAGAUCACGGAGCUGAUCGACGCGGUCAGGUCGCUCCGCGAGGAGCGCCUGGCCAAACUGACUCCCCCUCUGCCGAAGACCCCGGAGAUGGAAUUCAUCGAGAUCGUCACAGACUCCGUCUCCAGGGAGUUCACCUACUUCGGCGGCUUCAACACCCUCAAGCAGAUCCCGCUGCUGCUGGGGUUCUUCCAGGCCCACUCCAACCAGGACCGCAGCGUGCUGCGGCGGGUGGAGCGGGACGGGGCGGUCACGGCCGCCCACGGCGUGGUGGCCCCCAACCGCAUGAAGAUCUUCCAGGAGAUCUCCAAGCUGGGUUUCCAGCUGUUGAACAAGUCAACAUUUGGCGCAGAAAACGGAUCUGAGAGGUGGUUAUUUGGACGGACACCUCCCAGUUUAAGCAUGGAACCGGAGAGUUCAAACUGUAGGAUUUAGUUAUGCAGUCGCAGUUGUCGAAGACAAGUAGAGCAAUCUUGCCAAAAAAGAGGGUUCUAAAGGCAUUUUUACAAAACACUGCCUUCAUUUUACAUUAUUAGCAACUGCUUAUUGCACUGUGUGACGAGUAGGCCUAAAACAUGCUCAUUUGUAAUUCAAAAUGUAAGGACAUGUAUCUCCAUGUAUGUCAUAGCAUUGGGACGAUAACUAAGUUUUAUACGUGAAAUGACUUGUAUUUCUUUAUUUUAUGAGUUUGGUCUCAGUGCAUUUUGAAACACUGGAAUAUGUGCAGAAAAUGUUUAAGAGGGCGAGUUGUUAGAAGAGGUAAGCAAUUAGGUCCAACUUACUGAUAGUACCUUCAGUAAGGUGACAAGGUCAAGGAUAGACAAGCUUGUUCCAGGCAAAGCAGAACAUGAGAAACUUUUUCAUCCUCAACCCAUUACUGUUUCUGUCCACUUGUUUUUAUGUUUGUUUGGUCUUCAAUUUGCAAUAUAUUUAGACUUUUUGUAUGUUUCUGACCAAAUGCAAAGCAGUACUUAUUCUAAUCUUGUAUUCUCAGUAAGUUAUAAUAAAACAGUCCACAAAAUCAA